AUGGCGCUGGUGCUGGCGGCGGCCGAGCCCCAGGUGCUCGUCCUGUCCAGCGACAAGAUGCCCGUCAUCACGCCGCUGCACCCCGUGACGCCGGCCAACGCCGCGCCGGUCAACGCCGCGCCCCCCGUGCUGCCGAACCUGCACGCCCUCCGCAGCCUGCAGGCCCUCCAGGCGCAGGCGCUGCGCAACCUGCACGGCAUGCAGAACCUCCAGGCCCUCCAGAGCCUGCAGGGCGCCGUGGAGAGGGCCAAGCGCUCGGGCAACAUCCUGCAGCUGCUGGGGGGCGCCAGCGGCAGCAGCGGCGGCGCCAGUGCCGGGGGCGGUGCGGGGGCGGCCCCUGGCGGCGGCCUUCUUGGCGGCGGUGGCCUUCUCGGCGGCGGCGCGGGCGGUGCCGGCGGCGGCGGGGGCAUCCUGGCCUCCAUCUUGUCCAGCUCCAGCAGCAACCCGGGCGCCGCGGGUGGGGUCGCCGUCAACGGCAAGGGGCCGUCGUAUGGGAACUACAUCGGCACGGGGGCAGGGCUGCCAAUGGUCUACGGCCAGAGGAGCUUCGACCUGCAGUCCUUCAAGCGGUCCCUGAUGGGCGUGCUGAUGCAGGCGGUGCGCGCCAUCACCGGCGGGGUCAUCGCCCUCAAGGGCCAGCUGGUGCGGGUCAAAGGUCAGCUCAUCUCCGCCAAGGGUAACAUCAUCUCUGCAUCCGGGGAGGCGCUUAGCCAGUUCGGCCGCAACAUCGCUUCCAACGCGCUCAGCCCAAAGCCGCCAGAGCCGCCAGCCCCUCUGGUUGCAGCCCCUCCGAGGCCCGUGUACGGCCCGCCCGGCUACAUGAGCAUGCUGCCCCGGCCCGUGUACGGCCCCCCGAUGUACGCCCCCCACGGCUCGCUGGGCCACCUCGGCACGCCGCUCGGCGCCAUGGCCACCCUGGGGCAGCUGCCGCUGCCGCGCCCCAUGUACGGGGUGCCCCCGGGCGUGGCGCCGCCCCACCCGCCCGUCUUCAACAUCUACAGCAACGCCAUCAACCAGGACCUGCCGCGGUACCAGGGGGUCGCGCCGCCCCCAGCACCGCCCCCACCGCCGCCGCCGAGGGUGCAGAUCCAGCCCUCCAUCGAGGCUUACAGCAGCCACAGCGUCAGCGGAGGCCUCGACAGCUACGGCCCCCCGGCCUCCGGCUCGCCGUUCUCGUUCUCCGGGGGGUCCUUCUCCGCAGGGGCGCCCUUCUCCCCCGGGAACGCGUACUCCAGCGCCAGCACCCAGGCGCAGACCAGCGUCCCCGCGCCGUCCAGCGGGGCACCUAAUCCCCAGUCCAAGCCAUCGCAGCCCUCGAGCGGCUACGACGACUACGGCCCUCCCCCUCCCCCCGCGCCAUCGCCCCCCGCCAGCCCCGGGACGUUCGACUUGAACAGCCUCAACUCGGCAGAGCAGAGCGCGUCGUUCGGAGCGCCGGAGUCUGGCCAGCAGCCGGACAGCUACUUCAAGAGGAACGCCAACCAGAACCAGAUCCAGAACCAGGAGCAGGGGCGCGACGCCGCCAACGCCGGCACGCCUCGAAACGCACUUCAAGGAGCACAUGCUGGAUUGCUCCUAUUGAAGCCGGCACAAAAUGUUGCACCUUCAUCGAAUCAAGAUGAGUCUGCAAAGGGCUCUCUCUCCGAAUCACAAAAUCAGCAACUCAAGGAACCUCAAGCCCCAUACUUUGACUUGUCACAAGCCCUUGGAAUUGGUCCAGGCUAUGCAGCACCACCAGAAUAUGGAGCCAGAUUAGGAGACAGCAGUGACACUAACAGUGACACCAAUAAUAAAAAUGAGAGAACUUUCUCAUUACUGUUUGGCUCAAAAAAGCCAGCCCCACUUCGUCCUCAUCCUGUUACAAAAGCCUUACCUCCACAGGUUGUUGCAGCAGCUUCAGCAAAACUAGCAGCACAACUCGACUUAGCAGGACGUGCCCCACCUCGGACGGCUGUAGCUGUCUCUGGCCCACAAGGGCAGUUCAUAAUGUAUCACUAGCAGUCAUACAGAACUUUAAUUUAAUUAGGAAGAUUAUAAUUGAAAGAACUUUAGAAUAGUUCUUAUGUGAUCAAAUUUGAGACUCAUCCCAUGAGGAAUAUUUAUUUGAACAGAGAUGUUUCCUUGUAAAAUAUGCUGAUACCAAGUGCUAUCGAGUUACAUUCCAUAGAAUGUACAGAGCUGACUGUCAAGUAAUGGUACUAACUUGUCAUGAAAGCAGUUGAUCGGACUACAAAAAGAAGCAAAAGUAGCACAGGGGAACAGGCUGUCAUCUGAUAAUUGUUUAGGCUGAAGCCUGGAGGCAGUAAUGAGGAGUCUACACAGACUCAUAUUUAUGUGUCGUACACCCAUGAUGUAAAUAAGAAAAAGAGGAUCAAAAGCCUGUUAAUGUAAAUACGUGCAGAUAUUUCCAAUAAAAUUUACAAACACAGAA